AUGGCUGGGCACAGGCAAAACAAUGUGCUCAUGUGCCUUGUUUUUCUAUCGAGUUUGGGCGUGUUGGGCCUGAAAUGGUUCAAAAGGCUGCUGGAGGAAAGUAUUGAGAGGUUGCAGCAAUUGGCAGAGGCAUUCGUGACACGAUUCAAGACUAACACCAAAACACCCAAAGAAGUCGACCACCUUUUGGGAAUCAAGAAGGAAACAUAUGACUUUUUAAAGGUGUACAACGCCAAGUAUUGGGAAACAUUCAGCGAAAUUCUCAAUUGCCUGACGAACCUAGCAAUCACUCAAUACAAGCGCAAUCUUCCAAUCGGACAUAGACUCAGAGACUCGCUUACCAUGAACCAACUGACGACCAUGGAGUUACUCAUGCAACGCAUCAACGAACACAUCCGAGUUGAGGAUGACGUGACCGCAGCUAUUGUGAAGGCAAAUCCAAUAGUGGUAGACAAAAGAGUUGCGGGAAAAGUCAAUGCAGUCGGACAAGAUGAUGGUCGUGCAAACAACUGUGGAAGAGAGCAUGACCGCGACGCUAACCGCAACAACUUGGAUAAGGGUCGUAACAAUGACUGCGCUACUAACCCAUGUGACACGGAGGAUGAUGCCAAGAGAAAGUUAAAAGCCUGGAUUAGCAUUACUACGGUCUUCAAGAUCUCGAUCUAUCACAUAUUGAAUGAAAUUCAUGACGAGGAAUACAUCCGAUGGCCAACCAAGUUGGGAGAUGCCCAGAGAGGGUUCAAUCUGAGAUAUCGUUGCACCUUUAAUGAUGAGAGAGGGCACAAAAUAGAAGAUUGGAUGGCGCUCAAACUACACUUGGAAGAGUUGGUGACUGCAGGGCAUUUGGAUCGCUACGUUGAUGAAGAGGUCAGAGUGGCUCCUCCAAAGCAGACCUUGCCAAAUGGCCAAGCAAUCGAAGACAUCCCUCCUCAAGGAGUGAUCGAUUGA